AGAAAAGGCGCAUCCUCCUCCUUUAACAUUUCAGUCACGCUCAGAUUUGAGAUGAAGCAUGGAGGAUGUUUUUUCUUUCCCCUGCUCGCAUCAGUAAGCUAAAGCGAGAAAAAUCGCGCUUGGCAUCGACGCAUUUGCAUUAUUUGAUUUAUCAUUUCGGGAUUAAUUCCAGACAAAUAACCUUUUGAGCGCGUUUUUGGAUCAUCUGCAUUGCUCACAUCCGACCGAGCGACUGCACCUCGUCGAGACCAGUUUGCGCACGGUACCCGAUACAAAUCAAGAUAAGAUUUAAUGUCUUUACACCCGUCCAUUUGCAAAAUAUACAAAUAUAGAGAUUUUUUUUUGUCGAAUUGGACACAAUUGAGGUCGCAACUAGCGGUACAUUGAGAUGCUUAUCAUCCAACAGCAAUGAUGCUGCGGUAUGAGAGCAGUAAGAUAGACUAGAAAGGUGAUGGACAAUGUCCUGUCCAGUGGGUACAAGACCCCUGAGCUCCUGGUCCUGAAUGCAGCGGAGAGAGACACCUAACCGGGUGUCACUGUCAGCCCUGGAUGCUGCGCCGAAGAAUGGGAUACGCCGACCCAUCGUCGGGUAAAGAUAUACUCGGCAAUAGAUCUCUUUGCUUUAUAUUUAUUUGCGCAUUUGGACUCGUCACACUAUUGCAACAGAUUCUCUAUGGGAAAAACUACAUUAAGAGUGCGCAACAGUUUAGCCGACUCAAAGGGGACGAGACAGGAAAUUGGACCGGUCCCGUUAAUUUCUCGGAUGAUGGAUCUCUGAAGCCUGCCAGAAAUGGAAGGAAAAGAUGUUUCCGUCAGAAUUUUCAGCCAGAUUCACAGAUCUCCGUAAUAGUCACACCCUGCCUAGCCGAUAUUAAGAAGAAAAAAAAAAGGUAUCUGGAAAACUACGAUGGCUCAUAUGAAUACAACUCCACUGCUUGCAGGGAGCUCAGACAGGAGAUUAUGGACGUCAAAGUCUUGACAAUAGACAUUAAUCGGAAAAUACAUGGCCAUGGGUAUCCUUCCUCAUUCCACAAGUCUCUCUGCCUGUCUGCCAGGGUGAAAACCUCAGACCUGUUUGAGAGAUGGAGAAACCUGCAGGUGUGUAGGUGGGAGCAGAACAAGGAGGAGACCAGCAACUUUAAGAUGUCUCUGUCUCGCUGCUGUAAUGCUCCUUCCUUUCUGUUCACCACCAAGAGGAACACUCCUGCAGGGACCAAGCUGAGGUAUGAGGUGGACACCAGUGGUAUUCUUCCCAUCACCACUGAAGUCUUCAAGAUGUUCCCAGAUGAUAUGCCGUAUUCCAAAUCACAGUACAAGAAAUGUGCUGUUAUUGGAAAUGGCGGCAUCAUCAAGAACACCAAAUGUGGAAAGGAAAUUGACUCAGCAGAUUUUGUGUUUAGGUGCAACAUACCACCCAUCAAUGAGAAGUACUCAGCUGAUGUUGGCACUAAAACAGAUCUGGUGACAAUAAAUCCGAGCAUCAUUACAGAGAGAUUUCAGAAGCUGGAGAAAUGGCGGCGGCCAUUUUACGAAGUCCUCCAGAAUUACGAGAACUCCUCAGUGGUGCUUCCCGCCUUUUACAACACCCGCAACACCGAUGUAUCUUUCAGAGUCAAGUACAUGCUGGAUGACUUUGACUCCCAGAGAGGCGUGUUCUUCUUCCACCCGCAGUACCUUCUCAACGUGCAGCGUUUCUGGGCAGUGCAGGGCGUCAGGGCCAAACGGGUCAGCAGCGGCCUAAUGCUCGUCACCGCCGCCUUAGAGAUGUGUGAGGAAGUCCACCUCUAUGGUUUCUGGGCGUUUCCCAUGAACCCCUCUGGCAUCUUCAUCACUCACCAUUACUAUGACAACGUCAAGCCACGGCCGGGCUUCCAUGCAAUGCCUCACGAAAUUUUCAACUUCAUUCACAUGCAUACUCGUGGGAUCAUCAACGUACACACGGGGCAGUGCACGUGAUCCCUCACUCCUUUGCUUUAGUGUAGUUUAUCUUUUAGUUUAUUUAAAAUCAGGUUUGCCUGUUUUAUUUCAGUCAAUGAAACAAUAUUUCCUCCCUAUUUAAAAAGAGAGUUGGCCUUCAGAGCGCACACGUCUUUGCUCUCACUUAUUCCACGUCACAGUGAAGGUUGCUUGCUUUGACUGCCAACAUACUUCUUUUUUCGAUGUGUACCUUAAUUUGUUCACUUAGCCAAUCAGAUCACUGUGGUUAUCUCCCACUCUUUAACCAUAGGAUGCUUGUUUUUAAUGUGAAAAGUGGUCUUCAUAGUGAUGUUGUUUCUGUGAAGUUUUCUAGUGGCUCUGCUGUACAGAGGUGUUGUUUUCUACUCAACGUUGCACAGAUAUUUAUGCUGAAACGGGCCGCAGUGGGUGUCUUUGUGCCCCCUCAUUCCCACUCUCUUCUCUCUUUAUCUUUGACACUCUGUGGGUGUGGCAGCUUUUAAUGUUUGUGUAAAACAAAACCUGAACCUUGUUAUUAAGAAAAAAAAGGAGAAAAAAAUUGUAACAUCCAAUUGUCUACUUUUGUAAUUAACUUCUUAUUCACCAGAUUCACUGGGUGAAUAUUUUAAAAACACCAUUGAAAUGGCCUGUUUUUAGUGGCCUACUUUCUCCCGUCUAAAAGUCCUAAAGUAUGAGGCGAGGCAAGGAUGUUUUCUUUUUCAUUUGCUUUUUUGGCUUGUCAUGAUUUUGGACAAAAGCCAGAUAAAUAUUUUAAAAUGACACCACCUGAGCAAAACUUUGGCUUUCAAGGCCGUCCAAUUUGUAAAGCGACACAGUACUCAGAGUACUGUUGAGCCACCCAGCCUCUCGUUGUCAUUCAUGUCUUAAGCCAUGCUGCCUUAUGAGAUAAUAAAACCCCUCGAUAUGAUAUGCAAUGCACCAAUGUGUUUUGCUUAUCUACAAAUACAUUAAUUUCAAACUAAAUCUUAGUUUGUCUCUCGAAUCAAAGGACACUUAAGACUCUCUAAGGUGUAGGAAUUCAUGUGCGGUUCUCAGCUUGUAUUCUAUUGGAAUUAGCGAAGUCUUACUCCCUGUAAACUCCAUUCAUAAUCAUGUAACGCUCUGCAUGACUUUACUCUAUACUUGGCUUUGUGUGUGCCUGCUUCAAUGAUCACUGAAAUAUGUUUACACUUAAGCCUCCUCUGGAGCUCACAGUGCUUUUGGAGAUAAAUACACAAACCUUUUCACAGAGAGACGAAUGGAUUUGUUGAAUUGUAUAAUAGUGGAUGCAGUCCCCAUUGAAUGACGAUGCACGUAUGAAGACAGUUGCUGCCCUUUUUGUGAAGUGCGUUUGUUACCACUGUAUUCUUUCACCUUCCCCUUUAAACUGUGAACAUUUAGUUAACACUCUCGAAGGCAGUGUGCAUUGACACAUUGGAAAGCUGCUGUUUAUGCUGUUGUACACUGCAAAAGGUUUUAAGAGACUGUAAAUUAAUUUUUUGUCACUCCUCCGUUCAUGCUCUGCUGUGUCCAUUAUUUCUGUUGUAUUUGAAGGACAUCUUUGCUGAUAAGAUUUAUGUUGUUUCUUUGAUCAUUUAUACAGACUCUGUGUGUUUAUGCACAAGAGAUAUGAGUUCAGCAAAUAUAAACACCAAAAAUGUUUUGGCUCCACCACUAAAUUGUUGCACAGACACAACUGAAUCAAGAAUGGAAAAGGAAGGGAACUGGUCUGUGUACUUUAUGGAGGUUAUAUAUAUAACACAGUGCUUCUUAACUGACUCUAGAUCAUUCUUUAUACUGGUAUUGUGUUUGUAAAUAAACUUGUUUGGAUUUUCUCA